GUUGUCAUCAGAAACUUAGAAGUCUCUUUUCUUUCAUUCGACAAGAAAACCCAAGAAACAGACAAAACCAAGAAUGGAAGGAAGAGUCAACGCUCUUUCAAACCUAAACGACCUAGAACUCCACAAUUUCUUGGUCGAUCCAAACUUCGACCAGUUCAUAAACCUCAUCAGAGGAGACCAAAACAUCGACAACACACCUCUCGAUUUCGAUCUCGGUGCUCCUCUGCAAAACAGUCCCUGUUUCAUCGACGAGAGCCAGUUUCUCCCCACACCUGUCGAUGCCCUGUUCGACGAAUUGCCUGAUUUAGACUCCAAUGUCGCCGAAUCUUUCCGUAGCUUCGACGGCGAGAGCGUUAGAGCCGGCGGAGACGACGAUUACAACGACGGCGACGAUUCUUCGGCCACCACUACGAAUAACGAUGGAAGCCGCAAGACGAAGACUGAUCGGUCAAGAACUUUGAUCUCUGAGAGGAGAAGGAGAGGUCGGAUGAAGGAUAAGCUCUACGCAUUGAGAUCUCUUGUUCCCAACAUCACUAAGAUGGAUAAAGCAUCCAUUGUUGGAGAUGCAGUGUUGUAUGUUCAAGAACUGCAAUCACAAGCCAAGAAACUCAAAGCCGAUAUCGCAGGUCUUGAAGCUUCUUUAAGCUCUAAUGGUGGGUACCAAGAACCUGCACCAGAUGCUCACAAGACUCGACCUUUUCGCGGUAUCAACCCUCCUGUUUCCAAGAAAAUCAUUCAGAUGGAUGUAAUUCAAGUGGAGGAGAAAGGGUUUUAUGUGAGGUUGGUGUGUAAUAAAGGAGAAGGUGUUGCUCCAUCACUCUACAAGUCUUUGGAGUCUCUUACAAGUUUCCAAGUGCAAAACUCCAACCUAAGCUCUCCUUCUUCUGACACAUACCUCUUAACAUAUACAUUAGAUGGGACUUAUUUUGAACAGAGCUUAAACUUGCCUAACCUGAAGCUGUGGAUCACUGGAUCACUUCUAAACCAAGGUUUUGAAUUCAUCAAGCCUUUCACUUGAUUCCAUAACCCGGUUCUGCAUCUCAUUGAUGGUCUUCCUUUCUGUAUGCUUUUUUUAACUACCAGAUAUCUAAUUUCAAUUCAAAUGAUGAUGUUGUAAUCGAGAUUGUUGAUUCUCUCUAUUGAAUAAACAUCAUGUUCUAGAAUAAUUUAGCAAAGAAACAAGUAGUUAAUGGAAGUAAUUUAUACACUUUUGUGUAUAAUCU